AUGGCGUGUUCGUGGGUCAAAGAAUCGAGAGACUGCGAUUUUGAUUGGGAAUCAGAGGUGUUGGUGGAGAUUGUGGAGGCGGCGGAGGAGUAUGCUUCAUCAGAGUCAGUGAAGGAAGAGAGGGCGGGUAUACUCCUCGGCCACCUUGGCAAAAACCUCAGCCUCCUCGGGACGGAUAAGAAGUUGGACGCUCUAACAUUUCCUGUAGACAGUCAAGAAGUAAUUAGUGUUCUGGGUGAGCUUGGCUUUGGACUCUUUCUGUUCGUCAUUGGAGUGAAAAUGGAGGUGGAAAUGAUAAGAAGAAUAGGACGUAAAGCGAUCCUCACCGGUACUUUAUGCACGUUGGUCCCUUUGGUCAGCGGUAUAAGUCUUCAAAAGCUUACCGCAGGACCUGUAUUUGGCAUUGACAAGGAAAAAAACGACAGGCUUACGGUUGUGACUGCCAUACAUACACUAACUUUUUUUCCGGUUGUUUCUCUCCUUCUCGAGGAACUGAAGCUCCUCAAUUCUGAAAUCGGCCGGUUAAGCCUGACUGCUACAAUAGUCUGUGAGCUCUUAAGUUUGUUUCUCCAGUUUGUUAACAGAUCAAUUUCAUCCAUAACUAAUGAAGGACAUCAGGGGGAUUUAGUACACCUCGCAAUAGCCUUUGGUUACAUUACUUCUGUUGCGGUAAUAUUUAGACCAAUAAUGUUAUGGGUUGUUAGGAAGACCCCGGACAACAGGCCUGUCAAGAAAAUCUAUCUCAAUGCCAUAGUCCUGCUGGUGUUUGUGUCUGGAAUAGGUUCACAUCUAUACGGCCAGACAUUUCAUUUUGGCCCUCUCAUAUUUGGUUUGGCUGUCCCAGCUGGACAACCUCUGGGAUCGGCUUUGGAAGAAAAAUUCCAUCUCUUUGUUUUCGAAGUGUUUCUACCCCUUUUUGUGACUACAUAUGCAAUGAGGGCUGAUUUUGGGUCGAUCAGAUUGGACGAUCCAAGAACACAGCUUACUAUAAUCCUCAUAGUCCUCAUUUUUGUGGUCAAAAUAUUAGCCACCAUGGUCGCUCCGUUAUAUUUUAAGGUUCCCUUAACCGAUGCAUUUGUUCUUGCUCUCAUUUUGAGCUGCAGAGGGAUUAUCCACCUUGGCACCUAUACUUGGUACAGCGACACCCGGAUGAUAGAUGAUUCUGCUGAUUCUGUGUAUGCUGUGACACUCGCUAGCGUUGUAGUGACUUCAACUCUCGUGCCUAUUAUAGUGAAGCGCCUCUAUGAUCCUUCAAGAAAAUACGCAGGCUACGAGAGAAGGGACAUUAUGCAUUUGAAACCUAAUGCAGAGCUCAAAAUUCUUACCUGCAUCCACAGGUCAUCUAACAUGCCUGCAGUGAUCAAUCUACUUGAUGCAGCAUGUCCAUCUAAAGAAAACCCCAUUAAUGUUUGUGUACUCCAUCUCAUCGAAUUAAUCGGCAGAACGGCUCCCAUAUUUAUCUCCCACCAAGUGCAGGGGAAAACAGUUUCCCGUGUUAAUACAUAUUCAGCAAAUGUCAUUCUUUAUUUCAAUCAGUUUGAGAAAGAAAAUCGUGGUGCUGUUAAUUUGAGCAUAUUCACAGCAAUCUCUCCACCAAAUAUCAUGCAUGAAGACAUAUGCACGCUUGCAAUGGACAAGCUCACAUCCCUAAUAAUCCUCCCAUUUCAUCGAAAAUGGUGGAUUGAUGGGUCCAGUAUUGAGUCGGAAGACAACACUAUAAGGACACUAAACUUCAGUGUACUCGAAAGAGCUCCUUGUUCCGUUGGUAUCCUUGUGGAUCGGGGACAUUUAGGUCGGUCCACCUCUGUUGUAUCCACACUAUCAACAUUUUCGGUUGCUGUAGUCUUCUUGGGAGGGAAAGAUGACAGGGAGGCAUUGACCUUUGCCAAAAGAAUGGCCAGGGACUCGACGAUUAGGUUAACAGUAAUCCAUUUAGUGGCCAUGGGUAAUGAAUAUGCUGGUGGGGAAUGGGAUAAAAUACUGGAUGCAGAGGUAUUGAAGGAAUUCAAAUAUUACCAUGUGGGUGAAGGUCUUGUAAUAUAUUUAGAGGAAAUGGUGAAAGAUGGACCGCAAACAGCCUUUCUAUUAAGGUCUAUGGUGGAAGAGUAUGAUAUAAUCAUAGUUGGGAGAAGUCAUAAGUUAGAGUCACCUCAGACAGUAGGGCUUUCCGAAUGGUGCGAAUUUCCGGAGUUGGGGAUAAUAGGAGACUUGCUUGCAUCACCUGAUGUCGAUUGUAAGGCCUCCGUUCUUGUGAUACAACAACAAGAGCUGAGCAGAUGCAAAUAA